UGUAUAACGAUCGCUGCGUUGCUCGGCAAGUCUCGCCUGUGAGCUUACGAACUCCGGACUAGCGGAGUAUUGAGAGACGGCCUCAGUUUUCUUUGUGCGCCAUCAUCUGCAGAGUGACGGAUCUGUCUGAGAGCUGUCGGGGGUUCGGUGAGGAUCAGCUGUAACUUUUUAUGGUCAAGAUGUUGAUGAUCGUGCUGCUCUUACACGGUGUGUGUGUGCUGCUGCUGUCUGCACCGACUGUUUCUGCAGUGUCUCUGUCUGUCAGUCCAAACCUUCAGCAGGUCUUCAGUGGAUCUUCUUCAGUGUAUCUGAGUUGUGUUGAUGAUGGACAGACAGCUGAUGGAUGGACAGUGAAGAGGACCAGAGGAGGACUCACUGAGGACUGUGGAGCAGCUGCAGGCUUUGGGAGGCUUCUUGGUUCCUACUGUGUUGUGGAUCUUUCUGCUCCCAGUGAAACCUUCUGGUGUGAGGACUCCUCUGGACAGCAGAGUGACAGAGUCUCCUUCAGUGUCCAAUCAGACACUACAGAUGAAGGUGUCAUCCUGGAGAUCCCUGCACUUCCUGUGAGGACAGGAAGUGAUGUUAUUCUGCGCUGCAGACAGAGGAAUGGUGCCACAGUCAAAGCUUAUUUCUUCAUCAAAGGAAUUUCUGUUGGUCCUAAACCAGAGCACAUCAUCACUAACAUCACGCAGGCUGAUGAAGGUCUCUACUCAUGUUCUACUGAUGAGGGUGGAAAGUCUCCUCAGAGCUCUCUGAGGGUCAGAGAUCCUCCUACCAUCAUUCAUCCUCCUCCUCACUGUCCUCCUCCUCCAAGCACCUCCACAAAUUUUGAUUCUCCUCUUUUGAAAAAAGAAACAGUCUGAGGAGGAGGAGGAGCUGGUGAUGAAGAGCAGCCUGUGUGUAUAUACAGGAUAAAGUAUAUACACACAUGAAGAUGCAGCUUUGCUUUGGCCUUCCUCUGCUAACAGCUAACA